AUGAACACAACACACCCAUCUCAAUCAUGUCAAAACAUCAACAACAAUUUCGAAGCAGAUAAUACCAUUACAACUACGUAUCCAUGCAGCACUCAACAUGUCGAUUCCUCUUCGAAUCGUCCAACUCGAACACCAAACUCCAUGAAGAAUGACAUCCUCAUGAAUUUUGCAAUUUUCGAAAAUAUAGGAAUUGUCAUUCUCACGGCUGGAUUAUUUGUUAAAGCUCCAUCCACAUUUACUUUGUAUCCAUUGUUCGAUUCGUCAGGAGAUGUCAUGGAUGCAUCAAAGUCGAACUAUUAUCGUUAUGUUGAAAUGUCCUUUUUGGAUUAUUGUCAGCAGUGCAAAGAAGAGAACAUGCUGGUUUUCAUGGUGAUAUGCGUUGUGGUAGGAGUGACGAGCAUGUGUUUGGCUCUCUGCAACAUCAUUCACUAUUUAAGAGUUUGCAAGUUGAAAUCUUCCAACAAUCAUACCAUGCAACAUGUUGACAGCCAACAGCAUGACAUUUCACAAGAACAUUUCGACAUGCAUUCUUUGAAGAAGGGCUAUUGUCUGAAACAUGUCAUUACCAUCGUUGGUUUUUCACUUCUUUCGUUCACGUCUUUUGCUCUUUUGGUAUACAUGCAAUACUUCGUCGCGUCGAUGAAUAGCAAAAUGACAAUGGAACAAUGCUACCAUGUGGAAUGGUAUGCUCGCACCUCUAAAAUCCUCAGUCUAGUACUUGGAAGCACAAUGAAUGUCAUUGGAAUUGGUUGUUUGUUACGUCUCGUGGUUUGUUCAUUCUGGAAAAAGAAACCUGCUGUGGAUCAUGAUAAUUUGACAUGUUCUUCUUCAUGUCAUGCUCAGAAACAAGAAUUGGAAACAAUGAUAGCAUUGGAGAAGGUAUGA